AUGCUGGCCGGAUGGAGAGAGCUGUCUACAGGGAUCAGCGCUAUACUUGGCUGCCUCCUUUUCUUCUGGCUCCUGUACUCUUACCCGCCCAAGGAAGGAAAGGAGCUGGAGGUUGGGACGUGUGAAAUCACAGCCUUGGACAGAGAUAUGAGCCAUCCCAAGAGGAUGAUUGCCAGGCAGACGGCACGUUGUGCUUGUAGGAGGGGCCAAGUUGCUGGAACAACAAAAGCAAAACCUGCCUGUGUGGAUGCCCACAUCAUUGUCAACAAACAGUGGUGCGGGAUGGAGCCCUGUGAUGAUGGGGAGCAGUGCUCUUUGCUAAUCAACCGUUCAGGCUGGAGCUGCACUAGGCAACUGGGACGAAUAAAAACAGUCACGGUCUCCUGACAGCAAUUGUGCACUUGCCUGUGAGAGCAACUUCUCUACUCCCUAUGUACUGAAGCUGCAGUUCAGAGGUCAUCUCAUCAUGAGGGAAAAGGAUCAAUCUAAUUCUUCAGUCUGGGCUCAUUCCUAUGAAGUAUGGUC